AUGCUAUUCUGCGCCCCCUGGAGGAAGCCACAGGCGGAAUCCAGAUCCCUCUCCGAGAUUUAUAAGCCUCCUGAUGGUCGGCUGACCAAGGAUGUGCUUCUUGGAGAAGGCGGCACCGGAGACGUCUACAAGGGACGACACCAUCGAAGAGGCGUGGUAGCGGUGAAGAUCGCCAACAUCAGCCGAGAUGAAGAGUCAGUCAUGAGGGAGCUGAAGUUUCUCCAGCAGUUCGGAGGCCACAAGAACAUCGCCUCUUACUAUGGAGCUUACUACAGGGCUCCACUCACGGAGUGCUCAUCGGAGCACUUGGAAGUAAGAAAUGAUUUACUGUAUCGUGUUCAUUCCUCUCAAUCUCCACUGGAAGUGAUAGAAUACAUGACCUUAAAUAAUUUCUAUAUAUUGCAGAUUGUUCUCGAGUACUGUGGUGGCGGCUCUCUCCACACCCUCAUCAGCAGGACCAAUGGCCAAUCCCUGAAGGAGACCUGGAUUGGCUAUGUCUGCAAGGAGGUUUUAAAGGGGCUGCACCACAUCCACAAGAACCGGGCCGUUCAUAGAGACAUCAAGAGCCUGAACAUCAUGCUCACAGAGACGGCCAAAGUGAAGACCAUCGACUUUGGAAACAGCUGGGACCUGGAUCCGCAGACUGGAUUGUGCCACGAAGCAGACGGGACUGCACAUUGGAUGGCACCCGAGGCCAUAAGGCAGAAGGGCCAGCGCCUGGCGUACGACACCAAAUGUGACAUCUGGUCGCUGGGCAUAACCGCCAUCGAAAUGGCCGAGGGAAAACCACCAUACGCAGAUGAAUACCCGGUGGAGCACCUGAUUAGAGAAGCCCAACCACCGAGGCUUCAAUCAAACAACUGGUCACAAAAUUUUGUGUCCUUCUUGGAGUCGUGUCUGAAGAAGGAUCCUUCGGAGAGAGGGAGUGCUGAAGAACUCCUGCAGCACCCAUUUGUCACCCAACUGCCGCCUAAGAAGAUCAUCAGGGCUGAGAUUAAAGAACAUCUCCGGACUCUGCAGAACCGGCCGGCCAAGAAAGGACUGAAGGGAGUAGCUCUCUGGAGCCUGAAACAGCUGUGGCGUGCUUGUACACAGACAUCGGCAGAAGAAGAAGCAGCUCUGCAAAUGGCCCUGGAGGGCUUCUCCUGUUAGUGAUCUUGUGGCCAAUUACAUCAACAGCCCACAAGGAGUUUCCUUAAUCACAG